AUGUCACAAACCCAGUUCAACAAGGGUGACCAAGUCGAGGUCACAACCUCCCCCCACAACUUCUCCACCGGCCCCUACUACCCCGCCACCGUCCUCCGCCCCGUCAUCAAAGACAAGGCCCACAUCUUCAUCCAGUACCAAACCAUAGCCCCCCACGACGGAGGAGCCCCCAAGCCCUUGAAGGAGAUUGUCGCCGCCGCCAAUGUCCGCCCCACGCCGCCCAGGGAGCUCCACCGGCCGUUCAAGGCCGGCGACGACGUGGACGCGUUGAGGGCAGGAAGGUGGUACCGUGGGACGGUGAGGGAGAUUUUGGAGAGUUCAAAGUACUUGGUGGUGUUGGAUGGUCAAGCUGUGAAGGAGUUUGAGUGUGAGAGUUUUGAUUUGAGGGUUCAUAGGGAGUGGGAUGAUGGGUCUUGGGUGCCUCCUCCUGUGGAAGAUGAGCUUGAACUGCAGAUAAAAUCACCCGGGGUGGUGAAAUGCAGAAAGAUAAAGAUUAAAAUAAGGGAUAAGAAGGAAGGUAUGGGAGCAAGUUUUGAAAGCGGGACUAUGGAGGAUGAUCAAGAUGAUCAGAAAUUUGAGUCUAAGCAGUUUAAUCCAGAAGAGCAAAAGUCAUCUGGGGUGGUGAAAUGCAGAAAGAUAAGAUUCAAAUUAAAGGCCAAUAAGAAAACAGCACGGAAGCUUUAUGCAAACGGGACUCUGGUGGAGGUCAGCAGUGAUGAGGAGGGUUACAAGGAUGCUUGGUACACUGCUCGAAUAGUUGGCUAUAUUGGAAAAGACAAGUUUCUGGUGGAAUAUGUGUCCCUGGUAACUGAAGAUGGAACCCAGCUCUUGAGAGAAGAAGCAUUAGCAAGUUACAUUAGGCCUUGUCCUCCUCCACUUCCACCAGUUAUCCAGUUCAAACGUUUUCAGAAAGUUGAUGCUUGGUACAAUGAUGGAUGGUGGGAAGGAUCCAUUUCCAAAGUUCUGACCGGCUCAAAGUAUAUUGUGUAUUUCAGCUCCACAUUUGAGGAAAUAGAGUUCAAACAUUCCAAUUUGAGGCUUCAUCAGGACUGGUUUAAUGGGCAUUGGGUAAUGGAUCCAUGCCAGGACUUCUAUGGAUGUUGAUGGUUUCCUGAUAUCUAAGUUCUGCCAAGAAUUUCUGCUGGGGAAAAGAAGAGGGCAAAACAAUCUGAGGAGACUUGUAGGCUAUUAUGUACCUAUGUAGCUGUAAUUGGUAGGCUAAUGUUUAACUUAGAGAAAUGGCUAAGAACAAUUAACAACUGCUCUAAAUGUUAUUAUGGAGGUUUGCCUUGUGAUUAACGGCAUAGCUUCUUUAUCAAAUUCUAAUAUUUUCAUUGCAUGUCUUGAAUAAUCAAAUGCA